UUUGGAAUAUUAGUUCCUAGGUGCCGGACACAAACUCUGCCCCACCGUCUCACCAUGGCCUGACUCUCUCUGUCUCGUCUUCUCUGUCCUCCUGGUUGUUUUAAAAAGUCAAAUAUGACGCAGCGGUUACGUAAACCUUCCAUAACGUUUGUCUUGUUAUUUAUGCUCCAUAGUUCCGUCGUGUUGAGACUAUCGGCCGUGACAACAGAAGAAAAUGAUGAGUCACUGCAGGUUGUGCUGUCAGAGGAGGCCAUGUCUGACUUGGAGAACAAGCCCAAGUUUGUUGAGUCAGAAGAGCUGGACUCUCUGCCCAAAAGGCAGUUUAAGACUGCGGAAAUCGCAGAUGCAGUGAUGGGGACUGAAACCCCGAUUGAUCCGUCUGACAUUGAAUCCCUGUUUCCCAAGAACGUGAAGGACUUUCAGUCCGGCUUCUCUCCUCCUUGUGAUGAGAACAGUGAUCAGUGUGUCUCGCCUGCUUACGCUGAAGACCCAGUGCUACUGGAGGAGCAGGAAUCAGAAUCAAUGCAGCAGGUUACUCUUGAGAUGGUCCCAUCGGACCCUCCAGCUGAGGAGCCGAACACCACAGAGACUGCAAAGACUUACAAAGUAAACUGUGACAAGAGGAACGUCACAGGAAUGGAGAACCUUACCGUGCAGGUCCUGAAUGCCUCACAGGACCUGAUGGAUUUUCUCAAUGCCAACAGCACAGAGUGCUCUGUGGUUCUGUUCUUCACAGCCUGGUGUCAGUUCUCAGCCAACCUGGCACCUCACUUUAACGCACUGCCCCGUGUUUUUCCCAGCAUGCAUUUCCUGGCACUGGAUGCCUCGCAGCACAGCAGUCUCUCUACGAGGUUUGGGACGGUGGCAGUUCCCAACAUCCUGCUGUUUCAGGGUGCCAAACCCAUGGCUCGCUUCAACCACACUGACAGGACGCUGGAGAUGCUCACCUCCUUCAUCACUAACCAGACAGGGUUUGAAGCAGGCCCCAACAGAAACGUGACAGAGGUGGACCGCCUCGGGCCCCUCUCCAGCGUCCCUGUGAGAGGCAUCGAUUGGCUGCUGGUCUUCUCCAUCCUCUUUAUCACAGGCUUCACCGUCUACGCCAUCCUGCGGGCAGACAGCCUCCGCUGGCUAAUACCCGGACAGGAGCACGAACAUCAGGACUGAAAGCACUAAAAGCUCUGAACUUCUAUUCUGUCUUGGCUGCAAAGUCGAAUUUUCUCAUGUUUCAUGUUUUUGAAUGAAAUAAAAUAUGUGAAAUAUUGUGAUUUA